GGUUAAGUCUGUCUCCUUUGUUGUUCCGAUUUUUCUCCUGUCGAGUGUCGUGGCCUUUGGUAGUCUGGUUAAUCCUAGUUUAAGCACAUUUUACUUAUGUGUAAUUCGCAUUGAAAGGGGAAAAUCAUUCGUUAUUAGAAUUUUCGCUUAAAUUAGUAAAGACGAGAAUAUUCUGUAAUUUUCUUUCAAAAUUUCAUAAGUGGUCAUUACACACCUCACGUGUUAUUAAUAGCAAUCAUAAUUGUAAAAAAAUGAGCCCAACAACUAAAGUGAAAACUACGGUGAAACGAUCGACUAGAACUGCAAUAGACAGAGUGACAAGGUCUCAAUCUAGUCGGACAACACCUUCAAUAGCAAUGAUAAACAAUGUUAUUGCCGCAGCUUCUACAUCAUCAGGUGAAGCUCCAACAAGGAGAGUUGCACCUUCUAGAAGUUCAGCAACUACUGUCAGACGCGCCAGAACUGCGAGGCAAUCUAAUGUUGUUGUGCCUAUUGUUGUGCCUGAGGUUGAAAUUCAAAUUGCAAAUACUGGAGAGAAUGAGGGAGGAAAUCCAACUACUCCAAUUACACCAGAAAAUGAACAAAAUAAUGUUCAAGUUGUUGAUCUAAUAACUCCUGCAGUACAACCUCAAAUUCCAGUUGUUAGGGCUAGAAGGCCAUUAGAAGUUGAUUUAACAUGUGACUUGGAUGAUGAAGUUUUUGUUGUUUUGGAAGAUAUAGUGAACCCAUCACGAAGAACCAACUUAUCUGAUCUCCCAAUAAUGUUAGGUAGUAGCCCACCAAGAACCAGAGUAUUGGCACCAAGAAAUCUUCGUUCUACAUUUUCAAGUAGAUCUGUUUCAACAGAAAAUCCUGUCGUAUUCCAAGCUCCGCCGGCAUCUGCACCCCCUACAGUCCAAGAAGGAGGUUCUCAUGGAAUACACUGCCCCAUAUGUCUUGACUCGUUGUCUCAAGUCAAGGAAGCUAACCAGCAGAUGCAUUCGACGAUUUGUGGACAUCUGUUUUGCGGUCCCUGUAUCAAAAAGCUAAUUGGAACUACACAACAGUGCCCAAGCUGCCGUCAAAAAUUGGAUAUUCGCAAAAUUCACCCGAUUUUUAUUUGAAAUUCUAAUUUUUUUCGAAGUUUUCUUACAUUACUUUGUUGAUAAUACAGUAAAUUUUGUCUUA